ACCAUACUGCGCAAGUCAUACCCAUGAAAAUAUAAAUGCAUUGGCCCAGCGCCAAGAUCCAGGCCGUGAAAUACAGUGUUGAUGAUCGUUCAUUUCGUUGAAUGCCGUUUAAAAUGUACUUCCUUGUCCUGCGCUGCCGGAUUAACAUACCAUAAUGAUGACUUCAACAGUAAUUCGAAUACUGAAAAUGUGUGCACCCAGAUUAGUACAUAGAUACCUUUGAACUGGGACAGAAAAUACGGACAAACAGGAAGCUCGUAUAUUUAUACUGAACACAUUUGUUACGAUGUUACACCGGACAUUGGAAACAAAGCAUUUGGUAGUAGGAGCCAUCGACAUCGGCACUACAUACUCGGGAUGGGCUUUCUCAUUCGUACACGACUUUGAACGUGAUCCAACUAAGGCCACACUAAAGAAUUGGGAUUGUUAUCUCUUGGAUACGAAAAAGACACCGACAUGUUUACUGAUCAAACCAGACAGGAAGACUUUGAAGGAUUUUGGAUACGCCGCAGAAGAUAGGUACAUUAGACUGACAGAUGACGGUAAACAGAAUAAUUACUACUACUUCAAAAGAUUCAAAACGAACUUGAAAAAGAAACUUGAGGAGAAAAGUACACUUGAUUGGAGCAUUACACUUGAGGAUGAAAUGGGACGUUCUUUCCCCGCUCUUGAUGUCUAUUCGAUGUGUAUCAAGUAUUUAGCUGAUGACAUGGUAAAUGAAAUAAAUAAGAGAAUUUCCGGGGGCGGCUGCAGUGACCAAGAUAUAUAUUGGGUGCUGACAGUACCAGCUGCAUGGCCUGAGGGAGCCAAACAGUUCAUGCGAGAAGCAGCAUUUAAGGCAGGGUGUAGCAGAAAUAAGCUUACCAUAGCUCUUGAAUCUGAAGCAGCCUCGACCUAUUGCAAACAUCUUUCAGAUGAACAAACUGUUUACAAGACUAAUGGUUCGUUGUCACAGUUAAAAGCUGGCACGAAGUAUAUGAUUCUUGACGCUGGAGGUGUUACCGUCGAUGUAUCUGUGCAUGAAGUUGGUGAAGCAGGCAAUGUGAAACAAGUUUCUGUAGUGAAUGGAGGUUGUAUUGGAGGAAUUAUAGUUGAUGAUGCUUUUAAAGAUAUGCUGAUAGAAGUACUUGGCAAGACAGUUUAUGACCAACUCCAAGAAGAUAAUUCAGAAGCAUUUCUGGAUUUAUCGAGGGGAUUCGAAGUCAAAAAACGAAGCUGUAAACCAGACUCACUUAUUGUUACAGUAAGAUUUCCACCGUCUUUAAUGGACGGAUUCAGAUCUAUCACGGGCAAAAGUAUUUCCGAUGCAUUAGCAAGUUCCAGCUUUCGAGAUUUAAUCAAGUUAUCAUCAUAUGAUAAAAUGAGGUUCCAAGCUUUACAAUCAUUCUUUGAUGCGUCGGUUACUUCGAUAAUUAGAUGUGUAAAAAAAAACAUUACACCAAGAGAAAGUCGAAGCUAUUGUAAUGGUUGGUGGCUACUCGGAAUCUCCAGUGCUUCAGGAAGCAGUUAGAACAUCCCUUCCUGACAUCAAGGUAGUCGUUCCCUACGACGCAGAAACUGCAGUUCUUAGAGGUGCGCUAAUAAUUGGCCAUAGUCCGAAGUCUAUCAGGGAACAUGUCCCUAGAUAUGUACUUGCAACUAUAUCACAUAAAGACGAGGAGAAUAUAGGCAUUUCAAAGCCUGGCAGGACGACAAUCAGAAAGGAAUUCUCAAGAUCACAAGUCGAUGGUUCCGACUACGUACACGAUAUCUCUUGUACAUCCUGUUCUGAGGACGACAAGAAUGCUGAAGCCGAGUACCAUUGUACAAAUUGUCACACUUAUUUCUGUGCGACCUGUGUGUCUUAUCAUAACAGAGUCUUCAAAACACACACACUUCUUGACAAGAAUGCGCUAGGAUUCGAUCAGGGCCAACAAUCGCCAUCUGCAUCGGGAUCUUCUACUUUGAAAGAGGUGUGCAAAAUACAUGCAGGUGAAGUUGUUAAGAUGUACUGCAAACCACAUGACGCAGUGUGUUGUACCGUGUGUGUAGCUGUUGACCACAGGCUGUGCAAUGGGGUACAUUAUAUACCUGAAAUCGCCAGACGAUUGUUGAAGCCAAACGAGGAACGUAGCACGGUAGCAUCUCUGAGACAAGUAAAAACAAACCUACAAGGCCUGAAGUUAAAACGACAGGGCGAUUUUUCACAGGCAGAGAAACGACUAGACGGCAUCGUGACUGAAGUCAAAAACAUGAAGACACGCAUUAUACAAAGAACUGAAACACUAGAGAAGGCGUCUAUUUACAAAGCUCAACAACUGCACAAAAGCAUUGCAGUUAGUAUCAGUAGUGAUAUAAAGUCCCUUGAAAAUAUGCUGGAAGGAAUCGACAAAGAAUUGAGCAGAAUGGAAAAACGCAAAAGUCAUGACGAAGCACAAUUGUUUGUGCAAAUAAAGCAGGCCGAACAAAAGUGUUCGAAAGGUAAUGAAUGCAUGAAAAGCAUUCAGGCUAGAAAUGAUAAGCAAUUAAAUUUUCACAUUGAUAAGGAGAUUGAGUCAACCUUGGCCAUUAAAUUUGACUUUUGGAUGUAAAGGUAUCCAUUCGCAUUAUCAGUUUGUACACCACCUGUUUGUAUAAUUCAGUUACAGAUCAACUGGUAUGUUCGGUCACGCCCCCUUCCCUCCCAAACAAGGUAUAAAUAUUUUUGAUUUUACACUUUCAACAAACUGUGCUCUUGGUAAUGCUUUUGCCAGUUUUUAUCCGAACAAAGAGGUGAUGCUUUCUAGAAGGGUUUUCGUGUACAUAUACAUGUACCUAAACUGUCCACUGCAUAAUUCAAACAAGGCAUCAUAUCAAAUUUUCAGAUAUGUCUUUUAAUGUUACUCCAUUCCAUUGGACGGAGGGAGAAGGGUUUAUUAUUUCACUCACUGUCUAUCGGUCAAAUACGUCGACCGAUCGGUUGUUAGACGGGUGUGUUUCCGAUAAUUAACUAGAAAAUAUUUUUGAACACAGUAGUCAAACUUCAUAAAAUGAUUGCCCGUGGACGGUAUAUGACCCAUAUCUGUUUUUGGGAUCAGGUAGUCUAACGGGAGGGUCACAGUAACAUAGAGAAUGUUUCCGCUGACCAACUUUGUAUAUUUUCGUGAAGACAUGAAGUCGUUAGACACCUUAACCCCUGUACCACCGGCCCCAUUUGGUUUCCGAUUAAGAAUGGAAACAUGGAAACAUAUCUUUAAAUGUUUUAUUUUUAUUUUCGCAAAAUACGCAAUGAAAGGCUAUUCAUUUAGUGUUGUCGUGUUGCUUCAAGAAGAAUAUAUUUUCAAACAAACCAAUAGCAAAUAGAACGUCUCUCGUACUUUUUUAUCAUGUUAGUUCAGUCGUCACUAAAUAACUACAGCCGACUUCUGAGCGUUUUCAAUGUUUUUAACUGAAAAAUCAUCAUUAUUUAAAAACUCCGUCAUUUCCUAUAUUGUUUUCAUAUUUAUUCAGACAACAAUUUAUAUAUCAUCUGUUAUUAUGAGUGCUUUUUGUAUCAUUUGAAAAGGUUGUAUCUACUGAACAAGAACUAGUAAAUUAGACGAUUAUAACACUACGCACGAAUCACUACAGUCGUGUUUUUGACAUAGAAAUGAUAAAUAUAACACCGUAAUAACUGGAUUUCGGUUGAAGUAUCUUUGAAAACUAUAAUGUAAAAAAAAAUAAAAAUUCUAUAACUUUAUUAUCAAUUCUAUAACAUAUUUUAAGAUACUGCUGUAAAUAGAUGCACUGUUUCCUCAUGUAUGUGUGCUUUUGAAUAUACUGUGCGUGAUAGUUUAUGCUACACACAUAUAUCAUGAGUUUUGUUUGUCCUCAAAGACCAUCUGAUCUAAAGCAAUAUUGAAGAUGAAACUAUCAUUUUUUUCUUAAUUUUGAGUAUUGCAAUUCAUUUUUUCGUGUUUUAAGUGUGUAGGCUUUUGGGUUAGAGUACUUUAUUAGGACGAAAUGUAUUUGACCUGUAAUAUUAAAUGUUAAGUGGCACUCACAGUGUCUUAUUUGUUUAUAUGCGAGUUGGCACCGUUUGAAAUUUUAUGUAACGGUCCUUAGUCAUGCGUCCAGGCGGUCAGUUUUCUUGCAUAUUUUUUGUCAUACGUUUCCUUUCUUUCUAAAAUUAACUAAAAUAUCUCAGACCUUAUUGACUUUUAUCAAAAGGGAAACCGUUCGUGCCAUGCUUUGACCUGCUGAGUGAUGAUUUCGACGUUUUACCCUUACUAGAAGAAUGCUAAACUAUACUUUAACUAUUUGUAGAUACAACACGCCAAGUAUGAUUAAAACUUUAUAUCCAACACCUUUUUCCAAGAAUAGAAUGUCCAUAAAACAUAGUCACUUUCAAAUGAUUGGAUUGAAAGGAUUGCAAUCCCAAACUUGCUUUACUAAUCAAGUAGUACAAAGAUACUACGAAAAUCACUAUUCAAGAAUAAAAUAAUUAUUGUGUAUGCAAAACAAGGAAUUUGGUAUUAAAGCCAUGUAAUGUACAGUUAACCAAUAAGCGACGUUGCAGUGUAGAUAAUACAAAUAAAAAAUGUGAAACAAUUUUGUCCUAUUUGUACAAUACGGGAUUGAUGUUAUUGGGCAGUGAGUUGUUACAAUUCAAUAUGAAGCGAUAUAAACGACAUGAUUGUAUACUUAAAGUUUCCGGUCACCAUAUAAGCAAGUUCUAUGUAAUAGUUCUAUCAAAAUGUACCCUAUUUUGAUGAAAAUAUGAAUUACAUGACAUAAAUAAAGUGUGAUAUUUUUGCAAUGCACUUUGAUGAACAAAUAUCAAAACCUUCCAUGCAAUUAUCAAAGAAUUGCUACAUAUUUACGUACACUUGUGUAUUACAAACCGUUUUCCUUUUCCUUUAAGCUAUGAUUUGUCUUUGAUUAUUGCACUGUUUAUACUGUACAAAUUUGUGAUCAUAUUACGUUUAAAUUACCUUUUACAUGGUAUUCUGCAUAUAUUGUUGAAUAUAUUUUGUUAUCAAAUAGAUAUUUUAUAUAUUCUUUAAAGGAAAUGGUGGACAAUAAUAUGAUGAGAAAGUGUCUUUCAAAUUAUGUAUUACUUUUAAUUUCAAUAGAAUCAAUGUUUUUCGUUUCUAUAUGGCUUUAAUUUUAUGAAAUUGAUUUUGACUGCGAUUUCUAGUAGCAUAAUUGCUGGCCCUUAUUUCCUUUAUGCGUAUUAGGCCUGAUUUCAGUUGAUAUUAACGAAAUUUUAAAUGGCGCCAUGUAUUUUUUAAUUACCUGAACUGAUACAUAAAUAGGCUGCUGAUAAAUACAUUUUAUUGUUGCUUGUUAUUUUCAUAAGUGCCUCAUAUCAAUAUUUUCGAAAGUGUCCGUAUUUUGAUAUUUUUCUGAAACCUAGUUUUUGUAGCAAAAGAUGCAAAUAGAACACUGAAUUCACAAAAUACGAAGAUUACGCAAUUUUAUAUGUAUGUUUUCAACAAAUAUUGUGUUUUUCUAUAAAUAUGUGUGUUUGAAAAAAUAGCUUAAAAUGAGACAUAUUGUUCAUUUUUGUUAUCAUUUAUAUAAACAUAGGUUAUAGUAUAUAGGACAUUUGAAAAUGUAAUUUCAAUGUAAAUGGAAAUGAUUGUCCAACAUCCAGAGCAUUUUUUCUAAUUGAUGAGUUAUGUCUCCCACCACACAGUGGUGUGGGAGACAUAUUGAUUUACUCCAGUUUGUGUGUGUGUGUGUGUCUGUCUGUCUGUGUGUGUGUCUGUCACAAAGCUUGUCCGCACUCUAAGUCGAACAUUUCUCAUCGGAUCUUCGGCAAACUUGAACAAAAUGUGUUUGACCAUAAAACCUCGGCCAAGUUCGAUAACUAGCCAAAUCCGCUUAGGCAGUUUUGAAUUAUGGCCCUUGAAUUACUGAUUGGAUCCGUUCGUCUAGACCAUCCAGAAAAACUAGUCAUUUUUCAUUGGACAGCACUGUCACAAAGCAUGUCCGCACUCUUAGUCGAACAUUUCUCAUCGGAUCUUCACCAAACUUGAACAAAAAGUGUGUUGACCAUAAGACCUCGGCGCAUUUUGAUAACUAGCCAAAUACGCUCAGGCAGUUUUGAAUUAUGGCCCUUGAAUUACUGACUGGAUCCAUUCGUCUAGACCAUCCAGAGAAACUAGUCAUUUUUCAUUGGGCAUCACUGCCACAAAGCUUGCCCGCACUCUAAGUCGAACAUUUCUCAUCGGAUCUGCACCAAACUUGAACAAAAUGUGUUUGACCAUAAGACCUCGGCCAGUUUCGAUAACUAGCCAAAUCCACCUAGGCAGUUUUGAAUUAUGGCCCUUGAAUUACUGAUUUGAUCCAUUCGUCUAGACCUUCCAGAGAAACUAGUCAUUUUUUCAUUGGGCAGUUGUGGGAGACAUGCGCUUUUCUCAAAAGCAUCUCUAGUUUUACACAAUAAAGUUUGCACCCGCUUGAAUGAAAGAACUGGGUCUUAUACCUACAGAAGAUAUUUUAGAUAAGGUCAAUAUUUGUGUAAUAUGAUACACGAAUUUCACAAAAAAAGGUUGUCAAGCAUUCUGCUUAUACGAUUAUUAUGAACAUAUAUUAUAUUUAUCUAUGCAAGCUUAAUCUUUACGACGUAUGAUUUCUCCUUUUUAUCAUUUAGGGUGUUUUUAUAUGUGUGUUUGUUCAUAGCUAGUUAUAUUUAGAAUAAAGGUAGUUAUAUACAGCAA